AUGUUGGGAACUUGCACUCCUGAUAACAAACAAAAGCUGGAUUCUAUCUCUUCCUUCUGUGAAGCGUAUGAUCCUUCGGCACGUCUGGAGAUCUUAGUGAAUAGGGCACAGGACAGGGAUCUCCUUGAUCGAACUUUGAGCCACCUUGGACUUUGGCCAGGCCCCGGUUCCCAGGCAACCUUCACAUUUCCUGCUGAGAUCCCAAGUCUUCAAGUGGGCCCUCUUGGCCACCCGCGACCUUGGCUUUUUAGAGAAUCUCGCUCCUGUGUCGUGGGACUUGUAGCUCGGCAGUCCACCGGGUGGGUUUGUUUAUCCUUCCUGUUUCGAGUGUCUUCUUGGAUAGUUAUAGCAGCCCAUAGGCGCGAGAUGUACCUUGUGGGGGGGUGGCGGUCCAUGGGACAUAGUCCUUUCAGGCAGUGGCCGUUUAGUCCAUGGUCCAUUAGAUGGUCGGUGCAAGGCCAGAAAUUGGAACACAUUAAUUCCGCUCGUUCCUGUCCUUCGCUUCAGGGCCUGUCCAUCGGUGUGGUCAGUACUCCAUAUUGUCGGGCAGCGAAGCUUACACUUGUUAACUAA